AUGGAUAUAAAACUUAAAGUUCAAUGUUGAUAUUUUUUUUUAACAAAUUAUAUUAUUCUAAACAAUUCUACAAGUAAAUAGAAAAAAAAGAAUGAAAUUUACAGUAAAAUUCAACAAUUAUUUCUAAAGUUAAACAACAAAUUAUCAAGUGAAGUAUAUAAUCACAAAUUUCAACAACUGUCAAUAUAAUGAUAAUUUAUUUUAUGUAAUCAAAUAACAAUAACAAAUUCUAAUAAUCUAAACAAAAAAAAAAAAAAUCUAAGCCACGUCAGAAGUUUUAAAAAAGUAAAUAUACAGCAAGUGAUUGUGCCGGUGUUGUGUGUCUUGUAAUUAUCAAAACAAUUAACAAAUUAAAAUGGAAGAAAUUGAUAAUAAAUGGGAAAUGUAUUUUCCAUUAUUUAUAAAUUUUAUUGCAUCAAUUGGAUCAUUUUUCAUAACACUAAUGGUAAUACCUGGUUUAAAAAGCACUUUUUUAAAAGCUAACCUUUUUGGUAUUGACAUGAAUAAAAAAAUUGGUAACAAAAUUCCAGAGGCAAUGGGAGUUGUCAGUGGUUGUAUAUUUAUAACAACAUUAUUCAUGUUUAUUCCUGUACCAUUUAAAAAUUAUCUAACUGAAAAUGAAAAUUUUCCACAUCAUGAGUUUGUCGAAUUACUUGCAGCAUUAUUAUCAAUUUGCUGUAUGUUAUUGCUUGGUUUUGCUGAUGAUGUACUUGAUUUAAGAUGGAGACAUAAAUUAUUACUUCCAACAAUAGCAUCAUUACCAUUAUUAAUGGUUUAUUAUGUUAAUUUUAAUUCAACAUUAAUUAUUGUACCAAAACCAUUACGUUCAUGGUUUGGUUUUUCAAUUAAUUUAUCAUUAUUUUAUUAUAUAUACAUGGGAAUGCUUGCUGUAUUUUGUACAAAUGCAAUUAAUAUUUAUGCUGGUAUAAAUGGACUUGAAGUUGGACAAAGUAUUGUUAUUGCAAUUAGUAUUAUGAUAUUUAACAUCAUUGAAUUAAAUGGUGUACUUCAUAAGGCUCAUCAAUUUUCUCUAUAUUUUAUCAUUCCAUACAUUGCAACAUCAUUGGCACUCUUCAAAUACAAUCGAUAUCCUUCUCAAGUAUUUGUUGGUGACACAUUUUGUUAUUUAAGUGGAAUGACAUUUGCAGUUGUUGGAAUUAUUGGACACUUUAGUAAAACAACAUUAUUAUUUUUCAUACCACAAAUUAUUAAUUUUCUUUAUAGUGUACCACAGCUGUUUCAUUUUGUUCCAUGUCCAAGACAUCGUUUGCCAAAAUUCAAUAAAGAAAAUGAAAAACUCGAUCCAAGUACAGUUGUAUUUAAAAAAACUGAGCUUAAUUUUAUUGGACGAUUUAUAAUGUCGAUAUUUAGAAAUUUAAAAAUUGUCAAUUGGCAAGAAGAUAAUGAGGGCAUUGUUACUUGUAAUAAUUUAACUUUAAUUAAUUUUGUUCUAAUUAAAAUUGGAGCAACAAAAGAAUCAAAUUUAACAAUGAUUCUUAUAUUUGUUCAGAUUUUAUCAUCGAUUACUGCGUUUUUCAUAAGAUAUCCACUUGCUUCAGUUUUUUAUGAUGUUUAAUAGCAAAAUAAAUAAUCCUCAUUGAAAUGAUGACUUUUUAAUUGGAUUGAUGCCAAAUAUAUAAUUUAAUACUAGUCUGAGUUAUAAAAAUCAUGAUGAAAUAUUAAAUUAUCAAAGUUUAUAAUUGUUAAAUUUAAAAUUAUAUUGAUUAUUAAUUUAUAAGGAAUGGAUUAAUAAUAAUAAAACUUUUUUAAUCUUCCCAAAUGCAAUUUGUAAUUAAAUAAUCAAUAACAGCGAAUUAUAAACUAACAUAAAAAUUACAAUAUUGUUUUCAAUAACUAUAUUUAACUAUUACAGUAAAAUAAUAAUCAAAAAAAAAAAAAGAAUAUUGAUUUGUACAGAAUAUUUAAAUUCGUUUUGUAAAAAUUAACUAUUAAACUAAUUUUUUAAAUUUUAAAA